AGAGGCGGCCCCUGCCCCUCCCCUCGCCGCUCUCGGCAGUCUGAGGGCGGAAGGAAGUGUCGCCGGCUGGCUGAAAGAAAGGGAAGAAGGGAGAUGUUGGGGGCUGUGCGCCGGCAUGUGGUAUGCGCUUUGUCAGGCGGGGUGGACAGCGCGGUGGCGGCUCUGCUGUUGCGGCGGAGAGGAUACCAAGUGACUGGGGUGUUUAUGAAGAACUGGGACAAUGUGGAUGAAAAAGGAAUUUGUUCUGUAGACAGAGACUGUGAAGAUGCUUAUAGAGUUUGUCAGAUACUAGACAUUCCAUUUCAUCAGGUUUCCUACGUAAAAGAAUACUGGAAUGAUGUGUUUAGCUACCUUUUAAAUGAAUAUGAAUUGGGAAGGACUCCUAAUCCUGAUAUUAUAUGCAAUAAAUACAUCAAAUUCAAUUGUUUCCUGCAUUAUGCUGUGAAUAACCUUGGAGCAGAUGCAAUUGCAACUGGACAUUAUGCAAGGACCUCCCUGGAAGAUAAUGAAGUAUUUCAGCAAAAAUACAUAAAGAGGUCACAAGGACUCUUCAGAAAUAGAUUUGAAGUAAGAAAUAGUAUAAAACUUCUUCGGGGAGCAGAUCACAUGAAAGAUCAGACAUUCUUUCUCAGUCAGAUUUCACAAGAAGCCUUGAGAAAAACUAUUUUUCCUCUAGGAGAGUUAACAAAACACUUUGUAAAGAAGAUUGCUGCGGAACAUCACCUUCACCGUGUACUGCAGAGAAAAGAGAGCAUGGGAAUCUGUUUCAUUGGUGAAAGGAAUUUUGAAAAGUUCAUUCUUGAGUAUUUGGAGCCACAUCCAGGCAACUUUGUUUCCAUUGAAGAUAACAAGGUCAUUGGAAUACACAAGGGUUGGUUCUUGUAUACGCUUGGCCAGAGAGCCAAGAUAGGAGGCCUCAAAGAUGCUUGGUUCGUGGUAGAUAAAGAUAUUGCCUCUGGGGAUCUCUUUGUGGGAUACAGGUCCUGCGGCAUUGGGAGAAAGUUGACAGAGCAAGGGACUUCUUCCCGCCUGUUCUUUAAGAAGGGGCCAAACGGGCGCGCAAUCUUUCGCUCCUCCUUAACUGCCCCUCAGGCACCCUCCACAGAUCACCCUGCACUUUACAGAGAUCUCUUGCGAACAAACAGAGUGCACUGGAUUGCAGAGGAACCUCCCACAGAGCUGGUUCGGGACAAAAUGAUGGAAUGUAGUUUCCGUUUCCAACACCAGAUGGCACUAGAGCCCUGCACAUUAACUCUAAAUCAGGAUGGGACAGUAUGGGUGACAAUGGUCAAGCCAAUAAGAGCUCUUACACCAGGGCAGUUUGCUGUUUUCUACAAGGGUGAUGAAUGUCUUGGCAGUGGAAAGAUUUUGAGAUUGGGUCCCUCGGUUUAUACUUUGCAACAGGGCAAAAACAGAGAAAAGAUGGAGAGGAAUGUGCCUACUGAUGAGGUCAAGGUAGAGCCAGUCACGUGACUGCUUGCUUUCUUAAUCAUGAAGACUUUUGUUAGUUAAAAGACAUUGAAUUAAAAAAGAAGAUCAAAUGGCCUUGAAGUUAUGAGAAGACACAUGGAUGCAUAUAUGGACAUAUUUGAUUGGAUAUUUUUACAAGGUAAAUUAAGAAAUGCUUUGGAGUUUUUUUAAAAAGAUAAACUGCUUUUGACAUGGUUAGUGUCCUAUGCUAGUGAGAAACAGGAAAAGGUUAACUGUUCCUUUACCUUAAUUUCCUGAGCAUAGACAUUUUUGCAGUACUUUCAUGUUUCAAAAGUGGGAUUGGUUGAAUACAAAACACAUAAUCUAAAAAAGCGAUUUCUUCUAAAGAUAGCUCCUUGAAUCCAAAGAGCUGCUUAUGCUCACACAAGGAGCUGUUAGUAGCCCAAAAGAGUUUUUUGUUUUUUUUCCCUUUGAACAGCUAAUUCCCUCUGCCACAUCACAAACUGCUUUUGAAAUGCCCCUGGACUUCGAAAGCAGUGUGCCAGGAGACCAUAACAUAAAUAGUUUCUUAGUUCUUUGGAUCAUGACCAUAACAGAGUAUGGCCUGUUAUAUAUGCAGAUGGGCUAGGGUGCACACAGCAGGUUUCUUCCCUCUUUUUCCCACAUGCAGUUUGCUUUCUUUCCUAUAGUAUAACUUUAUACUUUAGAGUGCUGUUAAAAGAAAUCUGUGAUCUGAGGAGUGGGGAAGGAUAGAGAGCUACAGCUGAAAGAGGGGGGCAUGAAGUAUCUUCAGUUUUCUGUUUUGUUCUGUCAGUUUUUAAAAAAUAACAGCAUAGGGUUCCCCAAGAAAUCAAAAUGAAAUUUCAUACGCAGUAUGAUGGUAAAUAAUUGGUUGGAACUGUGUUUGGAAACGCCCCUAGGAAAUGUAGAAUAAUGUUCCGGCUCUUUGCUGAAUCUCCUUAUAGAUCUGUCUGACCUUGAAAGGGCUGCCUUUCCAUACCCCCUUCGGUAGUAGUGUUCAUUCCAAUAAGAGAAAAUACCAUUAUUGAAUCAUUUUGCAUUAUGACAAUGUGGAACAUAGAAAGUUGCCUUAUACUGAAGUCAGACCAUUGGUCUCUCUAGUUCAGUAUUGUCCACAUGGACUGGCAGUGGCUUUCCAGGGUUUCAGACCAGAAUCUCUACCAGCCUGGUGAUUGAACCUGAUACCUUCUAUAUGCAAAGCAGAUGCUCUGCCACUGUGCUACGUCCCUUUCACCAAAUGUCCUGUGACUGAUCUGUAACAACAACAUAAAGAAUUAUAAGUAAAAGACAAUGAAUACAAUCUACUGGUGACAUCUUGGGAAAACCCAUUUUUUUGUGCAACGUCUGUUUUAAUAGGGCUUGCGCAGGUGAGAUUCUGCAUGGAUUGCCCCCAAAGUCUGAAAGUCUAACUUUAUAAAGCCUUUUCAGCAAUACGCUGCUUCUAUGAAUUAAAAUAGUUAUCUCUGUGGAGAAAGGUGCUUUACCUCUUCAGGCUAAUUCAUAAUUGUAUAUUACAGAAUAAUAAUUUAUUUUCUACAUUUGUAAAAUAAAUUAUUUGUGAGUUACUAUACCAACACCGCCAUGAACCUAAGAAUGUGAGUAAAUGAUUAACUCAUGUGUUCAAGUCUGGUUAUUUGAUACAUUUAAUAUGUUGAAAACAAACCACCCCCCACCCCCUAUGCAGUAAAUAUUCUUCAAUCGUUUUCACUGCAGUUUUACACGUAUCGCAGGUACAGAUGUAAAAUUUCCGGAAACUUUGAAGCCAUGGAAAAAAAACUUUUUUUUUUUUUUGAAAAAAUGGAAAUGUUCAGAAAAAUUGAAAAAAUGCAAUAUUAGCACCUUUUACAGAUUGAAAGUCACUUUGUUACUUCAGGAACAUAAAAUGCAAUUAUGUACAGGUUGGUUUGGCAUAAAAUUAUCACAUUUGGUAUAUUAAAAGUACAUUUUAUUCAAAUAAUUAUUACAAAUUGCGUUUACUUUUAAAUUUUUUUACUUUUUUUGUAACAAAUGGAGCUACAAGCUCCUGAACUCUAAGGAACACCUGAACUGUGUAAGGAACCUCUUUUGAUUUGCCAGUUUAUGAGGAGCAGGCAAAAAGCAAUUUAAAAAUAAACAGAAGAAACCAUCAACUUUAAUAACAAAGAAAAUUAUUUAUGUCUCUGCUGGUCCUCCACAGUGUCAAGCAGACAUAAAGCAUCCAUUCCCAUAAAAAGAACUGAGAAAAAGGGGGGACCAAGAUUCAAUGAAACGUUGUAUUCAUGCUAAAAUAAAACAUUCCAUAAUCCAUUUUUUCUUCAUUUUUUUCAAUUUUUCAGAAAAAAAACAAAAAAGGCUUCAGAAAAAAACAGGGAAAAACCAGGUUUUGUUGUUUUUAAAAUCCCUCUUUUACUCUGGGCCUUCACGUCUCUAAUCACAGGGCAGUUUUUUCUGAAGUGCUGAGCAUCUUGUUAUGGCUUACACAACAACAUUUGAACAAGUAUGUUUUGAUCAAUUUCUCACUGUAUGGUACAUACAUAUUUGGGGAGCGUUGGCUAUCAGCAGUGUAGAGUAUAGGAGUGUCAAGUUGGAACAAGCUGUCCUAAAAAGAUCUAAUAUGAAGAUUUUAUAGACGCUGCUUCAUAGCAACGGGUUUCUACAUUAACAAAAGUUAUUCAGUCAACAUUUUCUGUAUAAAGCACCUGUUAUGAACAUACAGAUAUGCCAGCACAAGAUUUACCAGCAAAUGCUUUUUUACUUUUCCUAGUUCAGAAGACAUUUGAAAGCUUAUAACAACAGUGGGUAUAUUCAUGAAUAAAGGCCUUAACUAUGUAUCUGGUGUGUGGUUGGGAACGGGCCUUGGGCAUGCAUUCUCUUUAUCUUGGUCCCCAGGAGGGUGAGCAACUGAAAUCGAAGGUUUCACAUAUAUCUGGACAUAGAAUCUUGCUGACUGGGUGUGAGUAGCCCUAAUAGAAAAAAGAGUAUGUCAAGGCCAGAGAGUAUGUCAAGGUCACUAGCCCCUCCCAUGUGAUAAUCUAAAAUAAUACAGAGGCAAAGGAAAUGGAAAAUAAGCUGCUCCCAUAACAUAAUAACCAGCCUGCAGUAACUUCGCCAAGGCUAUCAGAGAGAGGGAGUUCAAAUAUUCAAAAGAAAAGGAAAAAUAAAGAAUUAUGAUUCCCCCUCCUACUUUUAUGGUAAUGACUGCUCUCAUCUAUGCUAUUCUACUUCAUAUACUACAGGAGGAACAGGAAAAGCAAGCGAUCUAGUCAACUUGCUCUUAUACCUCCCCUGAGUGGUGGCUAAUUGAGCAGCCUCACCAGCUGAACGGUUGUGGACUUAGGUCUUUGUGCUUCCAGUCUCAAUGCUACCUCAGCCAUGCUGAAUUUUUGGAGUAUAGUAAAGCCCUGCCUUGUCAUAAUCUGGAACUCUACAGAGCAGCGCUCUUCUGAUGGCCUGGUUGACACUAGGGGCAAUUAGCUGAUUAAGAAUCCCCUGUUGAAAUAUGCUUCAGAGGAUUUCUCAAGUUUUAACUCUAUUCAUGGAUUGUGUACCAUUGCAUUAAGGGUUUUGAUGGCAAAUAUAUUGUGGUUGAUGUAUUGCUUGUCACAAUCAGCUUGGAGACUGAACUAUUCUUAUGGGCCACUUGGCCUCAGUUUAAGGCAUUCCUUUUUGUUUGCUUCUCUGAGUCCAUGUUCCCCCCCCUAAGCAAAACAACUCUGCUUUUAGUCACUUUUUGUAUUUCAUGGAGCUUUUGUCCCAGUUCAAAAAUGAAUACUUCAAAGCUUCACAUAGGGUUUUAAGGUUUUACUUCACUUGUGAAGGUGGUUCUGACAUGAUAUUCAGGGGACAGACAGCUGUGCUUAUAACAAAUUGCAAUAUGUUUACCUUUAGGAAGCCUGCGGCACUAACUAUUAUUUGGCUUUGCAAUGUUGGUGUAAGGCUUAAGUGGAGUGGGUAUAUCAGUGUGUUUUAACAUUUAUUGUACGUCAGCCAAGUUUGUAGCCACCCACAGUUUUGGAUUGUAAUUCUACAGGAAUUGACUUUUUAAACUAAGUCUACAAGAAAGCCUUUAAAAAAAGUGGAUUUAAGCAGUGGUUUGAACCCUUGGGAAAAUGUGAAAUUGAAAUAAAAAUGUGAGUAAAGAUAGCCUAUGUGGCUACAUGUGUUUACUGCUCAAAUGGCAGUUUUAUGGAAUUUCCUCCCUCUUUCUCUGUAAUAGUACAACUUGCCUCCUCUCCUGCUGCCAUUUUGUUUGUCUUGCCCAUCUCUUCCACAUCAUUGGCUAUGCUUGAAGGAGUGGGGGGGGGGAAUAAUCAGUGCAGUGCUGUCCUAAGUUACAGAGCACUUUACCCACGGGGAGUGGGGAAAACUUAAGAUGCAACUGCUGUGUUUGGUGGCAGCACAUUGCUUUUUCAAACAUUUGGCUCUAUCCUAAGAGUAAUCUGCAUACAAUCAAUUAGAAUGUUAGUACUCUGCUUGUUAAAUUAUUUGGAUUUGUAAAAGACAAUACUUGAAAAUGUUUCCAUAAGAGUGCAUUCAAAGAGGUCAGCUGAAAAAUGCUUUUCUAUGCUUUGGAGCGCUGAUACUGUGAAUAACAAGGUUAUUCAAGGCUGGUGGCCAAAGCACAUUAAGAUUUAACUAAUGUAUGUGAAUUAAAUGCGAGUUCAUACAACGAGGUUUUCAAUGUAUAUAUAUAUAUAUUUUUGUUGUAUAGCUAAAUGGUGAUUGUUCUGUCCAACAGCAAAAUCAAUUUUCUAUGUAUGGUAUGAGGGCAGAACAAGUUAUCCUUGGUUUUAUAUUUAAAAUGACCUGUGAAUUAACAAACGGAGAAUGUUUAUUGAAUUAAAUAAAAUUGCAGAUGUCAGAGCUAC